AUGGCACUAACAAUUAUACUCAGUAAUAUAGACUCUGUUAUGGCAAUGGCAUAUCAUAAGUGCAUUACAGUCAACACCAAUAAUAUGAAGCUUGUUCUUGGCAUUGGUGCCAAAAUCAGAUCAAACUAUUUUGGUCUGAUUGAUACACCUGAUCACCCUGCCCCUGCUGCCACUAUCCACUGCCUGUGUGCUACCCCUGCCCCACUAACUACUGCUGCUGCCACUUCAUCACCAUCACCACUAUUCACCACCAUCUCUCUGUCUCCCUCCAGUGCUGUCAGAGUUUCUGCCUGUCAAAUGGCAGAUAUUAGAGCCCCUGUCUGGUUCACAAAGCCAGUUCUGGAGGAGCAGGAGAAGAAGGAGAAGAAGAAGAAGAAGAAGAAGAAGAAAAAGUAG